AUGCCUUCCCAAAAGGCACAAUCCGACCUUCCCGCCUUCGAGCCCAGAAAGCGCCAUCGUGGCCGUUGCUUGUUCCCGGACGAUUCUGACUUGUUCCCAGACGACUCAGACGGCGAUGGUUCCGACGUCACUCACAAAAAAGCCCGCCGCGAUGAGGCUGGCGACGAGGAGCAUCAGACUGGCGCCGAAAAACUGCCAGCAGCCUUGGAAGGCAGAAAGGUACAGGGAGAGGAGCAGCAGCAAGAAGCGGCAGUCGACCUUGUUGAUGAUGCUGAUGACAGAGCCUCCAUGGUCCAGAGGCUUUGCACGGGCAUUGAUAGACAGCUACACGCUCUCAAUGAAAACCUGAGCAACCCAGAGUCGACGCUCAUAACCACGUUGUCCAACGCGGCAACAACGGCUGUGAGGCAAUCUUUGGUGGAUUCGCCGGUAAAGAAAAUCGAACAGGAGAUUUACCAGUGCAAGCAGCUCCUGGUGAGGAAGCAGCAGAAUCUCGACGAGCUCCACAGAAACAGCCAACAAGAGCAACACGAGCAGGCCGAUGCCCUUCGGCGUGAACAAACUAAGGUUGCUGGGCUCUCUAAGCAACUGCAAGACGAGAAAAACAAGCUUGCCGACGUCUCUUGCAGCCUUCAGGCUGAGCAGACCAAAGUUGCUGAGCUCUCUGCCAGUCUCCAGGCUGAGCGGGUUAUGUGCACUGAGCUCUCAGACGCACUUCGAGAAGAGCAGAAGAAAAGUUCCAAACUUUCGAGGGAUCUCGCAGCGAAGCGGAGAAAAAGUGCCAAAGACGUGGAGUGGAAUAUCAAUGUUCUCAGGAGCAACUUGGGCAAGAUCAACUUCAAGCGAAGCCAUCCAAACGAAAGGGAUUCAAAAUCCAAGUCACGUCUGAUCAGCACUAUCGCCAAGCCUCUGCUUACGCAAGUGGGUACCGACUUGCUCGAUUUCUUCUUGCAUUACAGUGAACCAGGCGUCAUCUACUGCUUCACUCAUGCGGUCACUGACGAAGAUCAAAAGUCGCCCCCUUUCAAAUAUGGGCAGUGCCCUCUUCAUCUCGCGGGUGAGAGGAUUGAUGACUGCAUAACUGUUUUGUGUCAGGAAGAUGCUGUCGCAGACAAGAGCUUCAUCUUCCUCAGACUUGACAUCGCAGUCGAAAUGACGGGGGUUGUAUGA